AGAUAGAGUGAGAAAAAGCGGGAAGGGAAAGAGAAUAUUUGGGAGAGUGAGGGAAAGUGAGUGGAAGAUGAAACGCGGUGGAGCAUUUUAGGGGAUGAGACUGAGAGAUAGAGUGAGGAGGAAAAAGGGAAUAUUUGGGAGAGUGGGAGAAAGUGAGUGGAAGAUGAAACGCGAUGGAGCAUUUUUUAGAGAGCAUUUUUGGGGAUGAGACGGAAAGAUAGAGUGAGAAAGCGGAAAUGAAAAGAGAAUAUUUGGGAGAGUGGGAGAAAGUGAGUGGAAGAUGAAUCGCGAUGGAGCAUUUUAGGGGAUGAGACUGAGAGAUAGAGCGAGGAAGAAAAAGGAAUAUUUGAAAGUGUGAGAGAAACUGAGUGGAAGAUGCAAAGUGAUGACGCGAUUAAGGGAUCAGGGAGAAGGAGCUGGACUGAGAUGGAACGAGAGGGAGAAGCAGCAUUUGGAAGAGCAAGGGAAAAUGAGUGGAAGAUGAAAGGUGAUGGAGCGUUUUAGGCGAUGAGAGGGGGAAGAAGGGUGACAUAGAACGAGAUAAUGAGGGAGAGAGAGAGAGAGAGAGAGAGGAGAGAGUGAGAUAGAGGGAACAUUCGGAAAAGAGCGAGAGAAUAAGUAAAGAGGACAGAGAGCAUCGAGGAGGGCGAGGGAGAAAGUGGGGAGGGGUGAAAGUAAAAGGGCGAUGGAGGAGAGGCCGAAGAUAGAAAGGGACGACGAGAGAACGAAGAGAGCGAGAGUGAGGCGAGAGAGAAAGUGAAAGAAAGAGGGAGAGAAAGUGAACGGACGGAUAGGCACGAUCGAGUGAGCAUGUUAUUGUAUCGCGAUAAUGGGAACACUGGUGUCGAUGAUCGACGCUCGACGAUCGGGGAUGAUGACGGCGACCGGCGCUGAGUGGGCUGCGAGGAUUCUUAAGAUUGAUCGAGGCGAGCACGAGUACGAACCGAUCGCGGCGCCGUCGCCGAAACCGGCGGUGGCACCGGUCGUCCGGAUCACCGACACGGAUGUGGUGCCCGUCGCUGACAGCGACGACAGCAUCGACGACCGAGGACGAUUGCCGCCUGAGCUGACACAGGCCGGCGAUGUCCGGCUGCCCUUGGACGGCAAGAUCGAGGACAGCGCGAUGGAGGGCCGGGAACUCGUCGAGACCGGCGACACCUCCGAGGAGAUCGAGACCCCGCAGCAGCUGCAGGAUCGGCUGGAGGAACGAUUCCUCAGCACUGCCACGCCUGGUGCCGAGUCGAGGACCGACGCCGAGGUCAACACUAGUCAGGUAGACUCGUUGGCAUUGGAAGAGCUGCCGCUGCGCCGCGGUGCUCGCGGUCUGCCUCAGCGGUUGAAGUCGCAGGCCGGCAAGCUGCGUUCACGUUUGAAGAACAUUCAUCGGCCGUCGUUCCCAUUCGCGGACCGACCGAAGCCCGAGAAAGUCAAAUCAUCUGUCAGCAGCCGAUCGGACAGGUCGCGAUCCGAGAGGAGACCGAGCCGUAUGGAGCGCAUCAGAUCGUCGUUCUCGGAACGUCCGAGAUUCUCGUUGCCGGAUCGCCCGAGAUUCUCGUUGCCGGACCGGUCCGCGUUCCAUCUACCGGAACGACCGAAGUUCAAUAUAAAGAAACCGAACAUACGUCUGCCGAACGCUCUGACGCGCGCGAAGAAGACGCCGUCCGACGAGCAGCCGUCGACGGAGUCGGCCGGUUCCCGCAAGAACAUCUUCCACUUCGCCACGUAUCCGCGCAUCUUCGACAAGAAAUCGAAGGCCAAGCCCGAGUACGCGACAUCGACGCCGAAGGACUCGCGGGCGCAAUCCGCGGAGAACGCGACGUUCCCCAGAACGCGGAAGAGGCGGCCGAGCUGGGCGCAAAGGUUCGAGGAGACCACGCCGUACAUCGACGACGACGACGACCGACCGAACACGGAGACGGCUGUGCAGAGGUCGCGCCCUUGGCGGCACCCUUCGAUCGAAGACCCCAGACUGUCCAUCAGUAUGACGGAGGAGGGACUAGCCGGGUUGCCCUGGGAAGAGAAGCGCAGAUUGGAGCAAAUCCGGUACAUGGACUACGAAGAGUCCACAGAGAGAUCCGACCGGCAGGAUGCUCCGCGAUCGGAGACACCUAGAACCGAGGAAGAGUCCUACGAAAGGGAACGAGCCGAGCUGGAGCAGAGAUACAAGGACACGAAGAAGGAUAUCGAGGAAGAGGUCGAGGAGGAUUGGAUACCGGAGGAAGAGCCGAUCGAAGAGUUCAAACCCAUUCCACGGUCACGGUCGUUGGAAGAGAUGAUGCGGGCCCGGCAGGACGGUCGUUUCGAAGGCUUCGCGACGGUCGACCCGAGGCGGUACGGGGUGCACAAGACACCGUCGGAGGAGGAGGAGGAAGAGUACGACGACGAGAUGGAGGAAGAAGAAGAGCCGGAGGCUUCGUCCGCUCAGUCGGACCGGGAGCAGCAACACUCGAGCGGCAGCUCCUGCGACCGGCGGCGUCGCGGGGUCAUCGAGGAGAUCGACUUCGACGUGUACUUCGUCCAAGCUGGGGGAAUCAGACCGGAGGAUUUGAACCUGCGCAAGUAUCUGACGCACGAGAUCAGAGACGAUCUCGGAGCUGGCGCCGGGAACGCGCUAGCGGACGAAGACCUGGUGCCCGUUCCUCCGGCGCGUCUUAACCGGAACAGAGCGCUGCGGAAGCGACUGAAGGAGGAGUUCUUCGAGGAGAAGCCGCCGGUCAGGCCGGAAAGGGACCCGAACAGAGUGCGCAGAAGCGAGUCCGCGGACGAGCAGUUCCGCGAACGGACCCGAAGCGACUCCCGACACCGCAUAGUGUACCAAGCGGAGGGCCUGCAAGAUGUUCCGCUCGAGCCGUUGGACGACAUCGUGGUGGUGAAGCCGGUACGCAGGAAGUCGAAGUCCUCUCAACGCAGCCAGUCUCAGGGGCCACUGGAGCCCCCACGACCUCCUUCGCCUACGCCACCUCCGCCGGUGGUCCCCACUCGUCGGAAACGUUCGCGCAAGGACCCGUUCGCUACCGAGGAACGGAUAAACGGUGAGCCGAUUUGCAACGGUCACAGAGAAUGGGCCGAAGCGGACGGAGCACGCGGAAAGUCGCUGCCGCCUGUAUCCACCGAGCACCUGCUGGCCGAGGAGGAAGUGUACACUGCUGAAGAGAUCCUAGCAGCCAGCGUGGACAAUAUCGAAAUGCGUCUGCGAGAGGAGGAGGAGUACAUACCACCGGUCCCGGUUCCGCCGAAGAGAAGGUCCAGGUCUAGAGGGACCUCCGUGGCUCAGGACGAGGACAGAACCUCGCACGGGGCUGAAUCGCUGCCGGAAGCCGGCUACGUGGAAGAGGACAUCCCGCCGGACGACAUGGACUACGGGCGAGACUUGUCUGGCUACGCGAUCAUCGAGAAGCGCGAGAAACCACCCAGACCUCCGCCACCGAGGCGGAAAAAGGACAAGUUUGCCACCGCGCCGAAACCUGUUCCUCCGAAACGACCUCUACGCGCUUACAGUACACUGGGUCCUGGGAGGACCAAAGACACCGAGAUGCUGUCGGAGACCUUUGUGGUGGGCCUGGAGCCAACCGAGUCCGCGCCCUACAUAGAGAUAGACUCCGACGGCGGGGAGCACAAGGACCUGCGCAGCACAGAGGUGCUCAGCAAGAUGCAAAGGCGACCUUUGCCCGCUCCGCCAAGGCCCCCCAGAACCAGGAAGGAGAAAUCGCUCGAUCGGUCCGUGCCCCUCAGUCAAGACUUCUCCAUGGAGACUACGACGGCCACGCAGACGGACCCAUUGCCCGACGACAUGAUCAUCGAGGAGGAGGUCACGCAGGCGAAGCUGGUCGUCGCGCCGUCCAGCUCCGGCUCCCAGAUCAUGGUGUCCACCGAAAGAAUACCAACCCCUUUGAGCAUAACCGCUCCGCCUGUUCCUCCGUUGCCGUUGCCACAACGCUCGCGCAAAGAGGACAUACCCGGUUCCGGCUUCGAGACCGUUUCGUUGAAGGCCCCAUCCCCCGCGAGAGAGCUGGAGAGCUUAGAGGACAGACACUUGUCCGCGCCGGAUCUGGAACCAAGCCGCGAGACAAUGACGAGGGACGAAGAGGCGCUGAUACGGUCGAUCCGCUCCGCUUUACUGUCCGACGAGCCUGUCAGGAUCAGCAACCUCGAGGUGGGUGACUUGCGAGUGGAUCGACUGAGCGUGUCGCAGAUUGACGCGGGCAAGAUCGUCGCGUCCGAGGUGGACGCGUUGGUGGUCACCACCUCCGAGUUGAAGAACAUCGGGGCUGGGCUGGAGGAGAGCUUGUCCCCGUCGAUCGUGAAGGAACUGAUCGCCAUAAGAAGCCACUUGGAGACCGUGGCGGCAGCUCGGGCCCAGGAGGACUCGGUAGAGAGGAAAACGGCCGUGGCAGAGGCCAAGGCAGACAUUCCCGUUACAGAGAGGCAGAGCGCUCCUCGGGAACCGGAGGACCCGGCGAGCAUCCGUCAGCGGAGCCCCGAGGACGCCGACAGACCGGCGUCGAUCGAGGAUCAAAAGGUUGUUAACAGAGAGAUAGUCGAGCCAGGGGACAGCAUGUCAUCCAUAACACAUACACUAACGGUCGCGCAGGUAGAGGUCAGGGAGUUGCCGGUAACACAUCAUACAUUGACAGUCUCUCGUGUAGGACCGAGGGACGGAGCCAUCCAUACUCCUAGCUCACAAUCACCCCAAGCCCUAGAGAACGUCGAAGAUAAGCAGUUACGAAUUUCUGAUUCAGAAACCCCCCUUUCUUUGAGCUCGGCCACAGCCAAGCAACCCACCGUGGAAGAAUCCCGCCCGCCCCCCCUCUCGUCCACAGAGACCACGGGAGAGAAGACCUGGGAGGAGCGAGUCGAAGCAACGGAUUCGGUGCCGCCCCCGGAAUUCGAGAGACUGGACGCGGAACCCAAGGACAAGGAGGGCUCUCCCGACCUGAUACCGCCGAAGCGCCGCAAGUCCAGGUCGCGGUCACCGUCUCCCAUCAGUAUCUCGCGGACCAGGCAGACCGCGUCACCCGUCAGGUCCCUCCCACCUGCCAUUUCCGUCACACCCGACACACCGGACACCGUGACGAGUCAUGGUCACGGUCAUGGCAUAUCGAGCAACGAGGUGCAACCGCAACGCGCUGUCAUCUCUUACUCCUCCUACAGAGAGCUUUCCGACAGGGAGAGCCACAGAGAGUCCUCCAUGUCCCCCACACCCUCGUUCCCGUUAGGCGGCACCCAUCUGAUAGCGUUCCCGGUGUCGGACGUCCCGGCCCACUUUCUUUCUCUGACGAAUCACCGGCAAUCGAGUGUCGAGCCCAGUGUUACCGACAGCGUAAGACAAUUGAUCAGAGUCCUCCGUGUGGCGGUCUUGAAAUGGACCAGGCGAUUCGUGGAUCAUUUGUCGUCCGUGGUGGGCGUCGACGAGGCCAGGGAGAAAGUUCGCGAGUUAGAGCUGGUGUUGUGCGCUCUGAUGGUCCUGAUCGCGGGCAUGCUGAUAUUCUUCUUCAGCAACACGAGAUCGGUCACCCAUCAUCAUCACUGGGAUUACUUCAAUCCGCCCAAAUAGCAGGAGUAAUAUGGGAAUUACCGCGGACGUUUCACGCGAUCUCCAGGAACCGAUGGGAGAUUAGUGUCCCCAACGAACGACAAAUGUGGAUGACAUUGCCGACAGUAUAUUAUGGAUAUAAAGUAGCCGUGAAUAGCUCUACGUUCUAUAUUUAUUGAAAUUCCUUAUUCUUGUAAAUCGAUUUUAUAUAUUCACGAUUCAAGCUCCGAGAGAAAGUGUAAUACGUAGAACUAGGACCAUGGUAAAAUGGUGACGAUUAAGCACGUCUGAAAUUGAAUAGAUUCUUGACGAACAAAUGGGAACAGUCAAUUGUUGAACAUCUUAUCACACCGUUGACGAUCAAGGAACACUUGAUAAUGCUACACAUGACGACGAGAGUGACUGAUAUCGGUGAGAACAUGAUUUCGAAUAUAAUUUGUUACGAGAAUACUUGUACUUAAUGAUUAAGAGCCAAAUAUGUAUAAAAACAGUAUGUUAAUUACAAGUACCUAAUACCGAAACCACAGACA